AUGCAGCUGCAGCCCACUGACGCCCAAAGUGAUGCCAGGUCCUUCCUGACGGAGGAGAUGAUUGCAGAGUUCAAGGCGGCCUUCGACAUGUUUGACACCGACGGUGGCGGUGACAUCAGCACAAAGGAGUUGGGACAAGUAAUGAGGAUGCUGGGCCAGAACCCGUCAAGGGAGGAGUUGGACGCCAUCAUUGAGGAGGUGGAUGAGGAUGGCAGCGGAACCAUUGACUUCGAGGAGUUCCUGGUCAUGAUGGUGCAACAGUUAAAGGAGGACCAGACUGGGAAGAGUGAAGAGGAGCUCUCUGAAUGCUUCCGUAUUUUUGACAAGAACGGAGAUGGUUUCGUCGACCGGGAGGAGUUUGGAGAAAUCCUGCACCUCACUGGAGAAUCAGUCGCAGAGGAAGAUAUUGAUGAGAUGUUCGGCGAAUCGGACACAAACAAGGACGGAAAGAUUGAUUUUGAUGAGUUCCUGAAAAUGAUGGAGAACGUCCAGUAA